CAGUUGGCAACACCAGAUGAGAUUCCAGUCCUCAUUAGCUCAACAUGUCGUGAACUAAUAAAUAUCUAAACGCUGGAAGCUCCAUUCGUCUUUAACCCAUAAAGCCUUUAUUUACAUUUAUCUUUCCAAUUCAAAUGUCGACCUACAAACUCGCAGUGAUCGUUAAAAACCCUUUAAUCGACGACGAAUUUCUUCUCCUGAAGCAAACGCCGCCUCCAAAAUUCGGCGACGAUGAGUACGACUCUUACGUCGAUUCCGACCUCUGGGACUUGCCUUGGGCACAAUUGCAUAUACUGGAAGGAGAAUCACAGUCUCGAAUUGUAGUCGACGGCCAAUAUUUGUGCUCGGAGAAGCUUGAUUUGAGUCGACUCGAUAUCCAUUUGGCCCUCAACAAGGUUUUGGCAGAAGUAGGUCUUGAGAGACACAGUGGGAUGGGGGUACACUGGAAGUUCUGGAAGUACGUGGAGGAACCUGAAUUCGGGCCAGGAUCGCCAGUUCAUACUGUGUAUAUAACUGGAACAUUGGGAACUGAAGAUGGAAAAUUACAAGCGAUGUGCAAAUGGAUGUCUAUCCAAAGUUGCUUAAAUUGGCUUCUCGAUGUGAAACCGAGUAGUGACCGUGUGGGACCUUUGGCUGUCAUUGGUCUUCUAACUGACUCAAUCCUAUCUCCAAAGUGGAGAAUCCCACCAACCUUGCAUUUCCAGGAGUACCCUCCUGGUGUUAAACUUGUACCCAUGGGAAGCAGAACAGCGAAGCCCUUUUUCACUACAAACUUGGUUAUAUUUGCUCCUGACAUUGUUUCUAAGGACUGUGGACAGAGCAGCUUUGUUGCUCAUGGAGAGGCAUUGAUAAUUGAUCCAGGAUGCCGGUCUGAGUUUCACAAAGAGCUUAAGGACAUAGUUGCUGCUUUGCCAAGAAAGUUAGUCGUCUUUGUUACCCAUCACCAUCGUGAUCAUGUUGACGGUCUUUCAAUUGUCCAGAAUAGCAAUCCUGAUGCUAUUCUUUUAGCCCAUGAAAAUACCAUGCGUCGCAUUCAAAAAGAUGAUUGGUCUCUUGGGUAUACCUCAGUUUCAGGAGAUGAAGAGAUAUGCAUUGGUGAUCAGAGGUUAAGAGUCAUUUUUGCUCCGGGUCAUACAGAUGGCCAUGUGGCAUUGCUUCAUGUCAAUACCCACUCGUUAAUUGUAGGUGAUCACUGUGUUGGUCAAGGAAGUGCCAUCUUGGAUAUAACUUCUGGUGGGAAUAUGACUGAAUACUUCCAAACAACUUACAAAUUUAUGGAGCUUUCCCCGCAUGCCUUGAUUCCCAUGCAUGGGAGAGUUAACCUGUGGCCAAAGCACAUGCUUUGUGGAUAUCUCAAAAACCGCAGAGGUAGAGAAUCUUCCAUUUUGAAGGCCAUCGAAAAUGGAGCAAAAACAUUGUUUGACAUUGUUGCACAUACGUACAGUGAUGUUGACCGAAGUUUCUGGAUUCCUGCUGCAUCAAAUGUGAGGCUUCAUGUGGAUCAUCUGGCCCAAGAAAAGAAGUUACCAAAGGAAUUUUCUAUUCAGAAGUUCCAGAUGACUUGUGGGCUCCAUUUCUUAUCCCAAUGGCUGUGGGCUUACCUGAGUGCUGGGUUCAUUUUCAAAGAUCAGAAGGUUAGGACAGCUAUACUGCUUGCUGCUUUGGCCGUGGCUGGCUUUGCUGUGUUGUACACUGUUGAAAAUAAAGUUUCACUUACAAAUGAGAGAAACAGUUAAAGUACAAGGUUAACUUCAAAUAUGAGAAACAAUUUAUGCCUAUAAUAUAUAUACACUAGAGGACAUUUAAGUUGUCCUUUUGAUGAUAAAACCAAUUAAGUUGUGAGAGAAUUCAAAAUUUCAUUUAGAUUUGAGUUGUAAUUUUAAUCUAAAAUAAAUAAAAUGUUUGAUAUGAAAUUUCUUCGGAA